AGGUUCACCAGUCUCGAAAACAACACGAGAGAUGGAAAAAUUGGAGAAUUGAGGAACUAAAUCGUGAUCUAAAAUAUUGUCACCCCCGCUGGCCCGAGGAAUGCAAGUAUAUCGAGAUGGAAAUUGCCAGUAUUUCGUCACAAGGAAUAUCAUAUUUUGAAAGUUACUGGAAUUAUUUUGAUUGGGUGACCUAUUUCGGGAUACUAACGGUCAUUCUGACGCGAAUUCUGUCCGUUGCCAUUGACAACAAUACAGCCAAUGAGCUUCACCCUAAGGUUGGGAAUUUUGUUUGUUCGAAGAAGCCUAAACUAACUGUAUUUAUACUGGAUAGCUCUAUCAAUUCUAAACUGUUCUCCUUAGAGGUCCAGUAAGAGUAAUCACUUAUUGAUUCAGUGUUAGUACAGGAAGAAAACUAAACUAACUUUAUUUAUACUGGAUAGCGCUAUCAGUUCUGAACUGUUCUUCCUAGAGGUCCAGUAAGGAUCAUCUCUUAUUGAUCCAGUGUUACUACAGGAAGAAACCUAAACUAAACUAACUUUAUUUAUACUGGAUAGCUUUAUCGGUUCUAAACUGUUCUCCCCAGAGGUCCAGUAAGAGCAAUCUCUUAUUGACCCAGUGUUAUUACAGGAGGAAACCUAAACUAAACUAACUUGUGUCUUCAGAAACUUUGAUAUAUUAUGUUAGAUUAACAAAUUCCAAAUCUUCCAGAUCAUGUCAAUUGCUCUAAUCUUCAUAUGGCUACGACUGAUGAAAGUUUUCCGGGCGUUUGAAGCUCUUGGUCCAUUCAUCGUCAUGAUCGGCCAUCUCCUCAAAGACACGCUCAUCUUCGGAUUCCUUUACGUGAUGUUCUACAUUCCGUUCGUCUGUGCGUUCUGGAUAAAUUUCGGCGGGGAUGUAAACGCCGAAAAAAUGAAACAAGCCGGACAGGAUUCGGAAGGUUGGCGCACUUUUAACAAUUUAAUGUAUUCGGUCUGGGAGAUCACUGUUGUUGGAAACUAUCCGUGGGAUUCGUUGUUGGUCAUAGAUCGAAUCAUGGCACAAAUUUUAUGCGGGACUUAUUUGGCUGUGUCGGCUAUUGUCUGUUUGAAUCUGUUUAUCGCGCUAAUGUCUGAUACGUUCCAGAGGGUGUAUGAUAAUGCGAAUGCUAAUGCUGUCAUGCAGAAGGCAAGCACGAUUCUCUCGCUCGAAACAGAUAUGUCUGGAAGACGUAGAGAUAUGUUCAUGAAUCAUAUUCACACCAGCUGCGCCCCUGAGGUAAGGAACACACUUUUACUUUUGGUAGAAGGGUUCUGUAGAUUUUGUACAUUAGUGUGAAUUUUGUACAUAUAUUACGGUUACUAUAACUUAGUUCAAAUGUCUACACACACACUAAUGUCAUACUAUAGUACCGAUAUAUGAUGUAUUGUACUCUGAUCCUGUAUUAUAUAGGAGAUGUACUAUGACGAUGACUCAGUCGAACCGGACUCGGGUGAACUGGAAAAACUUACGCAUCAGAUAAAUGAUAAAGUUGUGGAAGUUGAAGAAAUGGUGAAAGCAUCUUUAGAAGAAAGGAAAAAUGAAACUUUUCAGAAUAAACAAUCUGUAGACAG